UGCCCUUUUCUUCGGUUCCGCAAAAGCUCUUCUCGAUCUCGCCUCACCUGCCAUUAUCCGAGUCCAAAACAAGCCUCGCCUUGUUUUCCAUCUCACUUGCAAACGCUUCUUAGCCAGUCCACCGCUCCACGCUCAAUCAUCACUAUGCCUCCCAAGAAGGCCGAGGGCACCGCUGCCGCCAAGCCCAAGUCGGGCUCGACGCACGCCAGCUACCAGGACAUGAUCACCGAUGCCAUCGUCAGCCUCAAGGAUCGCAAUGGUUCCAGCCGCCAGUCGCUCAAGAAGUAUGUCAAGGCCAACAACCAGCUGAACGUCUCGGACAACAUGUUCGAUUCGCUCUUCAACAAGGCCCUCAAGAACGGUGUCGAGAAGGGUGUCUUUGCUCAGCCCAAGGGCCCCUCCGGUGGCACCAAGCUGGCGAAGAAGAAGGCCGAGCCCAAGAAGCCCGCCGCUAAGAAGGAGGGUGCCGCCAAGAAGCCCGCCGCGAAGAAAGCUGCCCCCAAGAAGGCUGCCGCUGCCAAGGGCGAGAAGAAGACCACCACGGCCAAGAAGCCUGCUGCCCCCAAGAAGGCUGCUACUGCGAAGAAGCCUGCCUCUGCCGCCAAGCCCGAGAAGCCCGAGACCGUCCUGACCAAGACGAAAUCUGGGCGCGUCGCCAAGGCUCAGAAGCCUGCGUCAGCCACCAAGAAGGCCGCACCCAAGAAGGCAGCAACGACUAAGAAGGCUGCCACGGCCAAGGCGUAGAGGCGUACCCCAGCAUGGGCUUAGGUCACUUUAUCACGAUGUCUACGGCGUUACGGGUUGCAAUUUUCAAGGGCACGGAUUGGGAGAGCACUGGUCAUCUGGGAUUUGUCGUUUGAUGGGCUGCCUGGAGUGCAGGAACAGGUCUUGUUGUAUUGUACGCGCGCGUGCGGGGGUGGGAACGCGGCGGCUUUUCUCACAUGCAUGCGUCGGCAUUCCUGCUCCUGACCUUCGCACCGCCGGGGCAGCGUGGGUAUGCGUGCUCGCGACACCUCAGGCCAAAGGCGCUCGGCGGCGUGUCGGGGGUGCGACGUGGCUGCUUUGGAGUUUGGGCGCGGUUCCCCGAGACUGGGGCACGGACGCGGCCUCGGCCAGCGUGUAGCAAUCUGUAAUUAUACCACCGGACUGGGGAAGCGGAAUGAGACAGAUAUUUGCCAACCUUGCUGCCUUGUUGUGCGCGCGCGUCUUGCAGACGCGGUUGGCGUCUUUGUUU